AUUGAAUUAAUAUACAUUAUUUAGAUCUAUAUGAACCGUUGGAAUUAUUCGCAGUAGCGGAAUGUGUAUUUCGGUUACAUUUUUAUAAUCCAUUUUCCAUUCAUUUUUCUUCACCGGACUUCAGGACUUUUAUGCAGUAAAACUGUCCUCGCGUGUUUCCGGUUUCACAGCACGUGCGGCAUCAUGGCACCAGGAGGAAAAAUCAACAGACCAAAAACUGAGUUAGGAAAAAAACUCUUUAAGAGGCGGAGAGUUCUGGGUCGAGAAAAGAAAAAGAAAAAUCGCAUUGUGGGAGCCGUGAUCGACCGUGACAUCAUCACCAAACACCAUCUGAACAAGAGAAGCUCCAGCUCUCGAGCGAAUAUCACCCUUUCUGGGAAGAAAAAGAGGAAGUUAUUAAAGCAGUUAGCACACAUGGAAAAGGAGAGAUCUGGCAUGGAAGUGGAGAUUCUGCCGCAGAAAAAGAUUUCUGCUCCUGUUGCAAAGAAACCUGCAGCCAUGCAGAAACCUAAGAAAACCAAAAACCCGUCAGCGUCUGCAGACACAGACACGAUGGACGUUGAGUAGAUCUUCUCUGCGGCUGUAUUUAAUGGACUUUUUUUUUCUGUGCGUCAGACGUUCUUUGCAUCAGACGUCUUUAUAUUGUUGGCGUGAUGGCUGUCAUACACUGACACACUUUUCAUAUAAAGAGAGUGAGCAAAACUGUUUGAGAAAUCAUCACGAGCUGUUUAUGACCUCAGAGGAAACAUGUUCUGUUUCAGUUCUCCUUCAAUGCUUAAAAUAAGUGGUGUCUCCUAUUAAAAGGACAGUUCACCCAAAAAUGAAAAUUCUCUCAUCAUUUACUCACCAUCAUGCCAUCCCAGAUGUG